AGUGAAUGAAAAGUGGCAGACUGUUUUGGAAAGCCCUGAUUUGUUUUCAUAUGCUGCGGUUCUGGCCAAUUGUGCUGCGUAUUUAGCAGGGCUAAAUGUGAAAACAUCUUCUCGGGGUGAUAUUAUGUGAAAACCCCACAAUGAGGUGCACAUAAGACGCAUUAUAUAAACGGAUGUAGUGGGCGUUUGCAGCAUAAGUGCAUUUUCUUAAUGAUUUACCCACGCACACCAAAGUUCCGUGUGUGUAUACAGAACUUGCUGGCGCCCCUGUGUGCGUAUAUUUGUCUGAAAUCAGCGAUCAUUUACUGGAGGACAUUCAGGAUAUAGACAUGGAGUCCUCCUCCCAUCUCAAUGGAAAAGAGUUUCCGGCCGUGCCGCAGAACUCGGUGCAGACGCAUCCCAGGAGACAUAUUAAGAGUAAGCGCCGAAUGAAAAGAAGAUACAAAUGCUAUUCGUGCGAACCGCCCUGCCUUGAUCCUUACGAGUUUUCUCACACCUGCCAGAAUGCUAUACAGUGCUGGAAGUCGCGCACUCGCGAUGCCAAUGGGCAGGAGCACGUCUCCCGCGGCUGUAGCACCUCGCCGGACCAACUGCCACUAAUCUGCAGCCAGAACUCGCUAAAGCUCAAUGCACCCAGCAAACGCAACACAGCUAAGUUCGUUAAUGUGGAGUGCUGUGCCGGCGACUACUGCAACAGCGGAGAGUUUCCUGAACUGCUGCCCUUCGCCAACAAUGAUGUGACAGUUAUAACGGCGGAUACCAGUAGCAUAAGCAAGAUGUCGGCCGCUAUUCUAGGUCCUUUCCUGGUCAUUACGAUGCUGGGCGCUGUGGCCAUCUUUUUCAUCCGCCGCAGCCAUCGCAAACGCCUGGCUGCCUCGCGCACAAAACAGGAUCCAGAGGCGUAUUUGGUCAAUGACGAGCUGCUCCGCGCCACUAGCGCUGGUGACAGCACGCUAAGGGAGUAUCUCCAGCACUCUGUAACCUCCGGCUCGGGCAGCGGACUGCCCCUCCUGGUGCAGCGCACCCUGGCUAAACAAGUCACCCUGAUGGAGUGCAUUGGACGGGGAAAGUACGGCGAGGUGUGGCGUGGUCACUGGCACGGCGAAAGCAUAGCCGUAAAAAUAUUCUUUAGUCGCGACGAGGAGUCCUGGAAGCGGGAGACGGAGAUUUACAGCACUAUUUUGCUCCGUCAUGAAAACAUUCUCGGUUUCAUUGGGUCCGACAUGACGUCGCGCAACUCGUGCACCCAACUGUGGCUGAUGACGCACUACUACCCACUUGGAUCACUCUUUGAUCACCUGAACCGCAACGCUCUGAGCCACAACGACAUGAUAUGGAUUUGUCUAUCGAUAGCAAAUGGACUGGUGCACCUGCACACAGAGAUUUUCGGCAAGCAAGGAAAGCCGGCCAUGGCUCAUCGCGAUUUGAAGUCUAAAAACAUACUGGUCACCGCAAACGGGUCCUGCGUCAUUGCCGACUUUGGUCUAGCAGUCACCCAUUCGCAUGCGACGGGACAACUGGACCUGGGCAACAAUCCCAAGGUGGGCACCAAGCGCUACAUGGCCCCAGAAGUUCUGGAUGAAAGCAUUAAUUUGGAAUGCUUCGAGGCACUGCGCCGCACGGAUAUCUAUGCUUUUGGACUGGUCCUAUGGGAAGUUUGUCGUCGCACUAUUUCGUGCGGCAUUGCGGAGGAGUACAAGGUGCCCUUUUACGAUAUGGUGCCCAUGGAUCCCAGCUUUGAGGACAUGCGCAAAGUGGUCUGCAUUGACAACUACAGACCCUCCAUUCCCAAUCGCUGGAGCUCAGAUUCGUUACUGGCUGGUAUGUCCAAGCUCAUGAAGGAGUGCUGGCACCAAAAUCCCAACGUGCGCUUGCCAGCAUUGCGUAUCAAAAAGACUAUACAUAAGCUAGCUUCCGCUGACGAGAAGAUUCGUCUGGACUUCGACGAGGUCUGCGUUUAGUGGUAGUAGUCGAGCCGUAGCUGUAAGCAAUAGUUUAGUUUACCAACUAGCUAGCUUAAGAUUCAUCCAUUGACAUUUUUCCCUUGCAUUUUCACACUAUUAGUUCGUAACUGUAUUAUUCAGAGUUAAGCCAAGAUCCCACGUGUUGAAUGAAGAACUAAGCCAAGUACAAGACCCUUGACAGCUUAUAUAUAGAAUACUAUAUAUAAUAUAUUUACUUUAUGUUUGGAUUGACUUUAUCGUUUCCGAUCCACCGGGAACUUUGCUUGACCGGGGUGCCUUUAAAAUUGCCUUAAGUUAAAGUUAGCGUCGACUUGAAUAUAUAUUCUUGGGAUAUCAUCCUGUAUAGUUAUCAUUUCACUAUUUACCAUUGUUCAUCGUUCAUCAAGUGCCAUUUGCAAUUGAGAAUUGUAAACGCGUUAACUGUAAGCUCACUCUUUGAACUCUACACUAAAUUCUUGACUAUAGAACUUGUCCAAGCUAUGAUAGAACCAUAAGCCUCACCACCAAUUGACUAGCUGUUCUAGUUGGUUAAGCCUUAUGCACUUAGUUCCCCACGCAUAGAAGCAUACACACCUACUUGUAUAUUGUACAAAAUGCAAGCUAUUUAAGUUUUGUAUAGUCUAAACGAAAUGAAAUACACGAAUAAGCAUUAAGCAUUAGGAAAA